AUGACACGCUGGGCCCAGGAGCAUGGCGAGGUGAUGCGCCUGGUCCUGGGACCAAACAGCGAGUAUAUCAUUAAUUCUGAUCGAGCUUGCCAAGCUGUCUUUACUGCGAAUUCUGCCGCCACUUCGGAGAGGCCCUUUUGGCACGUCGGUCAGAAGUACUUCACAAACUACCAGAGCAUGGACCUUCUGAAUGUAAGCAAUCCCCGAUGGAAGGUAUGGUUAUACGGAGUGUAUAUUUUUCAGAGACUCCAUAGAUGCUGAUUCCAUUUGUCGCAUCAGAGUUGCAAAGAAAGGUGACGCUGCAGAACCUCACAAGCGCCCAACGACUCGACAAUCUGUUUCCCUUCCUCUACCACGAGACACUCAAAUUCAUCCACGAAGUAGCUGUGGACCCCGAUGCUGGGACAGAGAAGCAAACCCAGCUCUUCGAAAGCUUAGGCCGUUAUGUCUAUAGUACAUUCACUUCCCAGCUCUUUGGUCUAGAGGUACGCUUGUGAAACGGCGUCUCCGCAAUGAUGACUAAAAAUGCGCUAGCAAUAGAUCCCCAAGACGAAGAGCAAGGCGUCUGAGUAUAUUUGGGGUACGAUAGAACGGCUGUUCAAUUUAUUGUUUACCACUAACUAACCAAUUCAAACAGCAGGCGGAAUCGAUGAGAUCACUAGUACGCUUACUUCUCCUCGGGUUGAGGGGGAGUCUGCUAAUCACCUCUUUCCUAGCCACAAUCUCCGGCGUUUACCUUGCAGACAUUUUCACGUGGCUAGAUUAUCUCCCGCUACGAUUGAAGCCUUGGGCGAAAAAGGGAAUCAGCAGAUUCAACGCUGAUGUCGACUUUGUCGAAUCGAGAAUGGCGGUAAGAGCCAACCACCCUCCUCUUCUCACAACAGUCCUGAAAUUGGUGCCAAGCAUGCAAAGGAGCUCUUUGACCGAGGGGAAGCGGCUGACUCCUUCCUAACCCGCAUUUUCUCGGAUAUGGACAAGGCGGGCAUGACGCAUUCGGACAGCGCCUAUUUUGCACUGAAACUCGUCAUUGCUGCCUCAGAUACUGUAUGUGCAUGUUGUGUGACUGGUUCCAAAGACCGAAACACUUGCUGAGUGACCGCAACCUACAGAGCCGGAUCGGUUCCUGGGUUUUCCUGGAGCAAAUGGUCAUGAAUCCCGAGAUACAGGCCAAAGCCCGGAAGAUUAUCGGUACCUCACUCAUCACCCUUUUCCCAAAGGUCUUGUGGUUACUGACAGCACUAGACGAGGCUGUUGGAGACCGCUUGCCCGUCUGGGAAGAUGUUGAGCGUAUCCCUUACUUGAUAUAUCUAAUGAAGGAGACGUGGCGGAUGCGUCCACCUGUCGGUAAUGGGCUAGGGCGCCGCACGAAAAUUGACAUCAAUUACAAUGGUUAUGUCAUUCCGGCCAACUCUACCAUUCGGCCCAACAUUUAG